AGAUGGGGAGACAGGAGUCAGCAGCGAGAGUGGGCAUGAGGUCACACACAGAGCAAUAAUCCAGAGGACACACAGAGCAAUAAUCCAGAGGACACACAGAGCAACAAUCCAGAGGACACACAGCAUGGAUGCAGCCAGUGCGUGCAGACCAGGUUGUUGUGGCUCCUGCAGAUGCUUCACACGGAGGACCAGUCACUAUGUCAGUCUCCAUGGUAACAGACCCACACCCGUCCAUCGACUGGUCGUUGGUCUCUGCCUCGCCGGGCGCUAAUGUCACCGGGUGGGAGCGGGACGCCCUGCUGGCCAGAGCAGAGGUGGUGGUGCUGGCGGCCAUCUUGGUGAUGGCCUUGCUCAGCAACGGGCUGGUGCUGGUGGUGUUGCUACGGAAACAACGACACAACAACCCGCUGCACCAGUGCAUGCUCAACCUCUGUUUGUCUGACCUUGUGGUGGCACUGUUCCAGGUGUUGCCUCAGCUGGUCUGGGACGCCAUUGGCCGCUUCCCUGGCCCUGACUUCCUGUGUCGCCUGGUGAAGUACCUGCAGGUGCUUGGGAUGUUCGCCUCCUCCUACAUGAUAGUCGCCAUGACGAUGGACCGCCACUACGCUAUCUGCUGCCCCCUGCAGGCACACCGCAGUGGCGCCACCCGACGCUGGAACACCUUCAUCCUGCUGGCCUGGGGCCUGUCGCUGCUGCUCAGCCUGCCACAGGUUUUCAUCUUCUCCCGCUCAGAAGUGGCUCCAGGAGUGCACGAGUGUUGGGGCCACUUUGCUGAGUCGUGGGGUCUGAAAGCGUACGUGACCUGGAUGACUCUUGCUGUCUUCAUCCUCCCUGUCCUCAUCAUCACUGUCUGUCAGGUGCGAAUCUUCAAAGAAAUCCACAACAAUCUGUACCUGAAGUCGCCCGCCUUGCACCCUCCAUCCAGGGGGGGGGGCAGUAGCUGGGCGUCCAGUCUCUCGCUGUAUGUUUCUCCGCUCAUGUUCAACAAUAACUCAAAGCCCAGAUCCUCGGAUCAGCCCCUCCCCCUGGGUCCGCUCGGGUCCAACACAGAUCCUCUUCCUGCUGAGCUCCAGCCUCAAGCAGCAGCGCCCCCUGCAGGUGGAGGUGGAGAAGUGUCAGCAGCCAUGUCCAAGACAGUGAGGAUGACGCUGGUCAUCGUCGUGGUCUACUCGCUCUGCUGGGCGCCGUUCUUCAGCGUUCAGCUGUGGGCCGCCUGGGCCCCGGCCCCCCCGCAGAACGAUGCAGCGUUCACUUUGCUCAUGUUGUUGGCGAGUCUCAACUCGUGCACCAACCCGUGGAUCUACGCAGCGUUCUCCAGCAGCGUGUCUCUGGAGGUCCGGCAGCUGCUGUUCUGUCCCACUCAGCGUCGAGGCUCUUUACCCAAUGACUCCACCGCUACACACAACUCCAACAUCUGAGUCACACACUGCAACCAUCCUGUCAUAAAUACACAACAGAGUGUGUAGCACCUGGUGUACAAAAUACAACUCUGAGUUUGACAUUUUGUGAAACCUACUGUACCUGGUUUCUUGACACUCUCUGUCCGUGAAUACAAAAACAUUAGUUGUGUGAGAAUAUUUCAAGAUGGAGAGAAAAGAGGCUAUGCCUAUGACAGUUAGCUUAGCAUGAAGUUAGCAUAAGGAAAGGAAAAUAUUUGCCCGAUGUUGGCCUUAACGUAAAAAUCCAGCUCAUCUAACCCAUAUUUUAUCUUUAGUUUGUUUAAUGUAAAUACAUUUUAAUAAAUGAGAAUAGUGGUUACACAAAUAUUUUUAGGCUGUUGAGGGGAAACUUCGCCGCCUCGCGGUAGUAAGACGCUACGCAUCACAUGAAGGUCGUGGGUGGGAGGAGUCUUUCCCUGGAAGGAAAAGUAGUUCAGUCUAAUCAAGGUUGAUUUGUCAGGUGGUGUGAAGACAUCUAGUGAGAGACGUCAGUCAGACAGACAGAGAGUCCUGCUGCUUCCUGUGUUUCAGAUCGGGGGAAAGAGAGGAUUAGUUGGGUGUCAUCAGCGUAGCUGUGGUAGGAAAAGUCCUGUGAGUGAAUGACAGAGCCGAGAGAUUUGGUGGACAAAGAGAAGAGGACGGGACCCGGGACAGAACCUUGAGGGACGCCAGUAGUGAGAGGACAAGGUUCAGGCUCAGAUAAAUCAGGAUCUGGUGGUUCACUGUGUCAAAUGCAGCAGAGAGGUCUCGAAGGAUGAGGACAGAGGACAGAGGACAGAGGACAGAGGACAGAGGACAGAGGACAGAGGGGAGAGGAGAGAGGACAGAAGACAGAGGACAGAGGACAGAGAGCUCUAUCAGUGUGAAGCUGCUCAGAGACAAGGAGGACAGGCUCAGUGGAACCUGGUGAAGGUCAAGAAGAACAAUUUUACUACAGAACAAAACAAAUGUGAUGAGUUUUGCUUUAAAAAGUGUUUAUUCUCUCAUUCAUCAGCCGUCUUAUCACGUCACACAUACAAAGAUAAAAACAUCUAAUGCAAAUAAAAGAAAAAGUUAUUUUCCAAAAAGUUAACUCAUUGAUUUCUUCUUAUUUUAAAAAAAAUGUGCUGAGGCUAAGUACAGUACCAUUUCAAAAAGAAAACUGAAAAGAAAGACUACGUUCUUUUGUAAUGUUUUUGUUGUAGUCCUUCACUACUUUGUUCAGUCACACGUCUCAGAGGCAGAAUAAGUGAUUCAUUUAGUCCAUUUCGAAAUGGAGUAAACUAAAAUAUACCUGUCAUGUGAUACGUGUCAGCAUAUUUCAGUUUGUCUACAAAUAAUUUCUCUUUUCUUAUUUCUACUGAAACAUUGACGUGUCCAUCCUCUAUUUCAGAUAGUACUAAAGAGACGAGUGAAAACUUCAGGUAGAAACAGAAUGAAACAAAUCAAACGACGUGUGUUAACAUCCAAACAACAUUCAGGACGACUUACCUCCUGUAGUCAUUGGUUUUAAAAAGGAAUCAAUUUGGACACGUAUGCUUAGAACAGCUUUCAGAAUAAACAAAGGUAUUUUACAGUGUGAACGUACUGUACAAUCUUGUCUUGUAAAUCAAUGUCGUCAUUUUAAACUUUGACCGAAAAUCUUUCAGUGUGAAAAACCCUGCUCCAAUAAAAAAAACAUUCUCAUAAGAUCAUGAUUGUUUUCAGAUUAUAAACACCACUCAUAUUCUAUGUGUUUUCAAGCUUUUAGAAUGAGAAUAUUACAUAAACAGUAAAGUGGGUUGUCUGUGUUGAGUUGGAAAUUUGUU